AUGGCUGUCUGUAAUUUAAUGGCUUUUAUCGUCUUCACCCUGUGGCCGUGUAUGCCACCAAGAUUGCUAAGUGACGAGACCGUUGCUGGCGACAUUGGCACAAUCGCACGGAGUUUCGGCUUCACGGAUACGGUCCACGGUGCUGACGGUGCCGUGUCUGUCUGGACGGCUAACAAGUUUUGCAACCAGUGGGCAGCUAUGCCAUCUCUACAUUUCGGGUAUUCCUUGCUUGUGGGAAUCACGAUCAUGACCACUCCUUUAGCACCACAACAUCGACGGGCGAGAUCUGUGCAGAUACCAUUUUUCAACCAAUCUCAUCCACAACUUGCUCCACAGGUCAAGUUGCCGCCAACACGAAGACUACUUUGUUUGUUGGUCGGAUUCCUCUAUCCCUUCACGAUCUUGAUUGCGAUAGUGUCGACGGCCAACCAUUUCAUACUUGAUGCAGUGGCGGGCGCCAUGAUUUGUGCUAUCGGAUGGCGAGUGAAUGGCGUCCUGCUGAACCUGUUACCAUUCGAAGAUUGGUUUCUGUGGUGUCUGAGGAUACACAAGCCGACAUUCGAAGCAUUUGAGACGGCCGAGCUUAACACAUCUGAUGCCGGAGUGAACUUUGGAACGAGACAGUCAGUUCAGGAACUUUAG